UAUUGUCAGCCAGGUUCACCUUACAUGGUUAGGAACAGGUUUAGUGGGAUGCAGCUCGAAUAAGGUAGGUUUGAUACUGCCUAAGUAGAGAGGUGGAUACACCUACUUGAGACAGAACCAGUUUCAGCCUACUGGCUAAAAGAAUUGACAAUUUCCCCCCAGUCGCCUACGACCCCCCUUUUGGUUACAAUCCAGUGUCUGUUAUAGGUCGCCCCCGUGGUUUUUAUCAUUUCUCAAACCUGGCUGGAGCUUAUGGGUGGGGGUAUACAAGGUCUUCCUCAAUAGUCAAGUCUAUUCCUUAGAUCUUAGUGUUUGCUGGGAUUCUGCCCUGUUAAGUUGUCAGUAAGUGCAAGAAAGGCAAUCAACUUGACCACCGGUAUAAACAGUGUUUACAGUGACAUUAUAACAGUGAUUUAUCAACCUAUCAAUAACUGUGACAUUGCAACAAUCGCUAAUUAAUUUUGUCUAACAAUAUUCCUUAAUAUUAAUGUAGAGUUUUUUUGAACAGGUUUAAUCUGUAAUAUAGUUUGAAAUUAAAUAGACAAUUUGCUUCAAAUGUUAACAAUUACAAUCUUAACACUGUAUUAACAGAUAGGCUAGUUAAAAAAUAUUUUUCAAAUUCAAGUUGAUAAGGUCAGCUGAAAGAUUUUAGUUUCUGAAGUGUUCAUUGGUCCGUUGGCCCAAUUGGUUAUUAACACGGUGCUGGAAAGUCAACUUCACCGUUUACUUAAAACCGGAUUGUUUUUUUUUUAUCAAAAUAGGCAAUCGAAAGUUAGGCCUCAAUGACUACAACAAUGUCAACACAAGCGUACUACAAAGAUCGACUCGGGUUCGAUCCGGCUGAGGCUCUAAAUGAUGGAUCAACAUUUGACAAAUCGAAACAAGGCUAUGAAGAAAACCUGAGCAAGUUCAAAGGUUUGUGGGAAUUCUUUAUCGAAUCAAUAGAUGAGCGAGAUGCCAUACAGAAGAAAACCUUCACCAAAUGGGUCAACAAACACCUCAAAAAGACAUACACGUGCCUGCACGUGUGUACGGAGAGUGGCAGCGGGUCUUGCCCCCAUGUCGCGAACAGACAUGUGGGGGAUCUCUUCCUGGACCUGCAGGACGGCCUCAACCUCAUCUCUCUACUGGAGGUUCUCUCCGGCGAACAUCUGCCCAGAGAGAGAGGCAAGAUGCGGUUCCACAUGCUGCAGAAUGUGCAAAUGGCCCUGGACUUCCUCAGGUACAAGAAGAUCAAACUGGUCAACAUCAGGGCGGAAGACAUUGUUGACGGCAACCCUAAGCUGACCUUAGGCCUUAUCUGGACCAUCAUUUUGCACUUCCAGAUCUCGGACAUAGUGGUAGGCCAGGAGCCAAACGUCUCAGCGAAGGAAGUGUUGCUGCGCUGGGCUCGUCGCUCCACCGCCAAGUAUCCAGGUGUCCGUGUCAACGACUUCACCAGCUCCUGGCGUGAUGGUCUAGCCUUCAACGCGUUGAUACACAGGAAUAGACCGGACCUGAUAGACUGGCGUAGUGUGCGUACAAUCACAAUCCGAGAGAGGCUGGAGAGAGCUUUCUAUGUGGCCGAGCGUGAAUAUGGCGUCACCCGGCUCCUCGACCCUGAGGAUGUGGAUACUCAUGAGAUCGAUGAGAAGUCCAUCAUCACCUACAUCUCAUCACUGUACGAUGUAUUCCCUGAACCCCCGGCACUACACCCCCUCUACGACUCGGAGUCCCAAACGAAAACGAACGAGUACCGAGAGCUGGCGACCAUGCUGCAGACAUGGAUUAGAGAGAAGUCUGCGGUGAUGUCCGACCGCAGUUUCCCUUCCACACUCAUAGAAAUGAAGAAGCUGGCAGCGGAAAGUGCCCGGUUUCGCACCGACGAAGUGCCAGCACGCCAGCGAGACAAGACACGUCUGCAACAACUCUUCCGUGACCUCCAGAAAUACUUUGAAGCGGUAGGAGAGGUUGAUCUGGACCCGGAACUCCAUGUGGAUGUAAUUGACCGCAACUGGAACCGACUUAUGUUGGCGCACCAGGAGCGAGAUCAGGCCAUACAAGACGAAAUCAAAAGGCUAGAGAGAUUGCAAAGGUUGGCAGAGAAGGUGCAUCGGGAGAUGAAGCGAUGUGACUCCAGACUUGAAGACCUGGAAGGGAGGAUACUAGAGGAGGCGAGGCGACUGGAUAGGUUACAUCCACUGGACGCCAAGCACAACGUUGAUGUACUGGAGCAAGAGCUGAGGGCUGUUGAGGAGAGCAUCCAGAGCAUGUUUACUGAUGUGACAACACUGCGGGAAGGCCGCUAUCCCCAGGCCUCCGACCUGCACAAGAGGGUACAGAAGUUACAUCAGCGUUGGGUGUCAUUGCGCUCACUGCUGCACUCGAAGCUGAUCACUCCACUGUCCACACUCAGUUUCCCUGUGGUGGAGGAACGCACCGUGACCAGACAGACGCACACUGUCAUGGAGACUCGACUUGUCGACACAAACACACAUUUCCGAGCACUGCAGGAUGCCAUUGAGUGGUGCCGCACAAAACUGAAACAAAUCCAGGAGGCAGAGUAUGGAUCGGAUCUCAACUCUGUACAGACAGAACUAGAAGUACACCAGCGCGAGCAUAAGCUCAUAGAACAGUUCCACUCCAAGGUGGAGCAUUGCAUCAGUGCAAAGAACAACUUCCACGGAGACGAGCUGGCGUUGUACACGCAGCACCUCAACGCAUUGCAGAAGCUGUACGCAGAGCUGUUGACCACAAGCAACAAGCGGCUAUCAGACCUGGAAACGUUGCUAGACUUCAUUCAGUCUGCCACCAACCAGCUGGUGUGGCUCAACGAGCGUGAGGAGACUGAGGUCACCCGCGACUGGAGUGACAAGGAACUCAAUGUGCCGGCACUAGAACAGUAUUACGAGUCGCUAAUGAGUGAGCUAGAAAAGCGAGAGAUCCAGCUGAGUGCAGUGCAGGAUCGUGGAGAAGCCUUGCUGCUGCAACACCAUCCUGCGGCCAAGUGUAUCGAGGCGUACAUGUCAGCACUGCAGACUCAGUGGGCGUGGCUGCUGCAGCUCACAUUGUGCCUUGAGAAACAUCUGAAGCACACAGCAUACUACCAGCAGUUCUACCGAGACGUCAAGGAGACGGAGAGUUGGAUCAACAAGAGAGAUGAGCUGUUGAACUCAGUGUACAGCAACUCAGAGUUUACGUUGGAUGAGGGUGAGCGACUGCUGAAAGGCAUGCAAGAGCUGCGGGAGGAGCUGAACACAUACGGCGAGGUGAUAGCUACAUUAGCUGAGCGUGCACAGAAUGUGGUACCACUCAAGCAGCGCAGGGCUCCAGUUGCUAGGCCCCUCCCCGUCCUGGCCGUCUGUGCAUACAAACAAGACAAUAUUGUUAUUGAGAAGGGAGAGCAGUGGGUGCUGCAUGAUAACUCCGGACGAGUCAAAUGGCGUGUCUCGAAUGGCAGUAACAGUUCCGACUGCAAUGUCCCUGGUGCUGUAUUCCUCAUCCCUCCACCUGACAAGGAGGCGCUGGAUGCUGUAGAGCGACUCAAGCGGCAGUUUGAGCGUAGUCUCGCACUCUGGCAACGCAAGCAACUCCGCAUGCGGCAGAACAUGAUUUUUGCCACCAUUAAAGUUGUCAAGAGCUGGGAUCUCGCACAGUUCCUAGCCAUGGGGGCAGACCAGCGCAAUGCAAUACGUAAGGCUCUCAAUGAGGACGCUGGCAAGUUGCUUGCAGAAGGAGAUCCAGCCGAUCCACAACUGCGUAGACUCAAGCGCGAAAUGGAUGAAGUCAACCGACUCUUUGAUGAGUUUGAGCGCAGGGCUCGUGCUGAAGAGGAGGGAAAGAACGCCAUGCGCCUGUUGACUGAGCAGCUGUCAAACCUACAGGCGAAGCUGGAUGAGGCAGAGCACACGCUCAACCUGCGCCUGACUGCACCUGUGCCACGUGACCUUGACUCUCUGGAGCAUCUGGUCAUACAACACAAAGAUUUUGAGACCAACCUCAAGAGCCUGACCAGUGAGGUUGAAGCUGUCCAGUCCACAUUCCGCUCGGUCACCCGUAAGACACCGCAGAUGCAGGCCAAAGUAGACAAGGUUCUGGCACAGUGGAAUUCCCUCUGGAACUCCUCUCAUCUCUACAUAGAGAGGUUAAAAUGUGUGGAGAUAGUUCUAACUGGCCUAGAGGAUUGCAACAAUGUCUUGUCAGAAUUUGAACUGAAAUUGGCUGCUUUUCAAGAGAUGCCAUCCGAACUUGACAAUUUGAAGACUGUACACGAACAGCUGGUUUCGCUGCAGAAAGAGGUGAGCGCCACACAGCCAGCCAUUGAUCAGCUGAUAGACGACUCGCACAAUUGUCGCCGGCUGGUGGAGAAGUCACGUGCACAUACACACCGCGGUGGUGCACACAUUGACUUGGACCGUGUGGAUACAGACGUUACACGCAUCACCCAGCGAUGGAACAACAUCUGCUCCCAGCUUCUUGAUAGGAUGCGAAACUGUGAGGCCGCCUUCAACCUGUUGUCAAAAUUCAAAAACUCAUACCAAUCCGAGGUGACGAUCGUGGAUGAGAGCUACGAGAAACUAAACAGCAUCCCACCAGUGCAGGUGAAGGAGACCGUCGACCUAACCAAGACGCUGUACACCUCCGUGCUGGAACGGGCGCAGCCGAUGGAACAAGUCAACCUAGAUGGUGGCCGGUUCAUACGAGAGGCUAAGAUCUACGAUGCGGGGCUGGCUCGCUACGCCGAGUGGUUGACAGAGGAGGUGCACCCGAGCCUGGACGCUGGUUCACGGAAACAUGCACGGCGAGAGAGCGGGGCAGAGCUGGUGGUGCGUGAGCUCGACGUGCUCAACCACAGAUACGACAAGCUGCUGGAGAUUCUGUACGAGCGGCUACAGAGACUCGCACGGACCGACCCACAGUUACAAGCGGAGCUCGAGAGGAUGAAGCCGCAAGCCAUCAAAACGUUCAGGACAGAGUUUAGUAUCUACGAACACUCCACCACAGAACAGACACACUACUCUUCCACAACCAGGUACACAUCAGAUGUUGUGGACUCAGCACAACGAAACUCCAGUGAAAAAAUAACAAAAUCAGUUGCGAGUGUAAAAGUAACACAACAGGCCAACAGCCGUGAAGAAUCUCCAGCCAAAAUCUUCCCUGACCCUGUAGCGACUGAAACUUCAGUCAAAAUAGGCAACAAAGUGUUCACAAAUGGGGAAUCUAGUCCGGCAAAAUAUAGUACAAUGCAAUUCUCGGAGAUCCGAUCAUUAAAGCGAAUAAACCGGGUAGAAGAGGGAAUAGGAACGGACAAUGUUGACAUCAUAGAAGCUCCGGGAAUCCUUCAUCCUCAAACUCGGGAAGUGUUGACGGUCGGGGAUGCAAUUAGGUUAAGAGUGUUAGAUGUGCGGACUGGUAGAAUAAAUAUGGUUGUAAACUCUAAGAACGUGUCUGUUACCAUUGAAGAAGCUGUGGAACAUGGUCUAGUCAAUCCUGCAUUAGCGGAUCGGUUGUUAGGACCUUGUGGCAUUGUUGAGGAUGAGUCAAAGCCCCAGUUGUCUCUUCUGGAGGCAAUCCAGAAGGAGCUACUGGAUGCAGAGAGAGGGCCAGCAGAGAGAGCAAAGGUAAGAUCACCAGAAGAUAGGGGAGUUAGCAUUGCUGAGGCUGUUCAGGGCCAUGAAAUAGAUCCGGAAACGGGUCAGUAUAUUCUCAAAGAUGGUAAAAAAAUAAGUCUCAAGGAAGCAUUCCGAUUGGGUUUAUUACGAAAAGAUACUAAGCCUAAUAAAAGAAAAGGGGUAGCAUUGGCAGAUGCAAUUGUACAAGGAAUUGUAGAUGAAAGGACAGGACAGAUUGUGGAUCGAUACACGGGAGAAAAGUACCCAGUGGAGAUAGCAAUACAAAAAGGAUUGAUCGAUCCUGAGUUUAGAGAAGUGGUUGAAGUGGUAAGUGAUAACAAAGUUACAGUGGAAGAAGCCUUACAAUCAGGAUUGUUAAAAGAAGGCAAGUACAUGCAUAGUUUAUCCCAAGAGAAGCUACCUUUGCGGGAAGCGAGAAGACGUCAACUAAUUAUCAAACCAAUGACUUUAAAAGACUGUGUUGAUUUAGACGUUUUUGAAGAUGGUUAUGUAAAAACACCUACACACCGAGCCAAAGUUUCCAUUCUUGAAGGCAUAUCUCGAGGAGUAUUAGAUUCUGAUACAGCAAAAUCAGUUACUGAUACAAGAACUGAAGAACUGUUAACACUGUCAGAUGCCUUAUCAGAGGGUAUCAUUCUACCUGAGGGAAAAUUUGUAGAUAAGAUAACAAAUGAAGUUUUAACCAUUCCAGAAGCUGUAGAUAAGGGUUUUAUUACCUCUGUUUCCAUUAAAUCUAUUUUUGAUAUAGAUGGCUUUAAGGAUCAAAGUACUGGAGAGUUUUUAAGUUUAAACUUAGCUUUAGCAAAAAGCAUUGUUAAAAAUGGAGAAUAUGUGAUAGAUAUUAAGUCUGGGAAAACUAUUCCACUCAAUGAGGCUGUGAAAUUAGGUUUAGUCCGUCCAGAAGUUUUAGAGAUGUUACAAAGAAAAAUAGGGAUCAAAUCUGGUGGAAAAGAACUAUCAGUUAUAGAAGCAGUGUCUAAAAGCUAUUUAGAUCCAAGAACAGGGAUGGUUUUAGAAAAGAAAACUAAAAAAGGCGUACCCUUGGAUGAGGCAGUGAAGAAAAAGUUAAUUUCACCAGAAGGGGCUGCAUUACUUAAUAGUUUAUUAAAUAUUACUUUAACAACACAAACUGUUACCAAAACGAUUAAACGAUACUCAACUAGUGUGACUGUUGCAGAGUCAUCAAAAUUAAUAACAUUUGGAGAAGCUAUAAGAAAAGGUUUAAUAGAUGAAAAUACCCAAAUGUUCAAAGAUGAAAACACUGGAAGAUUGUUGCCUGUAGAAGAUGCUGUCAAAGAAGGGCUUUUAGGAUUCCAAACAGAUUUGGGAAGUCCAAGUAGUAGUUCCUCCUCAAGAGAUGAAUCACCAACCAAAGGAUCUCCUACCAAGAAAAAAUCACCUAUCAAAGAAAGUGUAAAGAGAGCAUUAGAUUCACUUUCAAGAUCAGGCUCAACAUCACCAACCAAAAAGACAUUAUCAGGUAGUUCACCUGAGAAAUCUGCUAAGAUGUCAGAAGAUUUUAUAGUAGCUGAAAAAUUGAAGACUGAAAGGCAAGUUUUUGAACUUCCACCUGAUGGAUGGUAUCUUGGUGAGGCAAUUGACCAGCGAUUAUUUGACCCAAUUACAGGACUAUUCAUAAUUCCUGGGACAGACAGAUUAGUAUCCUUUGAGGAAUGUAUUAAUCUUGAAAUUAUCAAUCCCAAGUCAGCUGUAGUUGUUGACCCAAAUAAAUCAAGAAGUGUGUCUUUACCUAAGAGUCUAGAAAAGAAAAUACUUGAUCCUACUGGCCAUUAUUACACAUCAGAUGGAAAAAAAAUUACAAUGAAAGAAGCAAUAACCAAAAAACGGGUAAUUCUUGAAGCCAGGAUGGAAAUUGACUCCACAUCACCGAGACUAAUUCAAGUUACAAAAGUAAGUGGAAAACCAGAUAGAGUUGAAGUUUCUGAAAUAGGUGCUGAUAGAACUACAUUUAAGGAAAUUAAACCAAAUGAAAAUGAAUCUAGUUUGGAACCUCUACAAGUCUCUCCAGGAGUAAUAUUUGACCCUGCAACUGCUUUGGUAAUAUUCACAGAUAAUGGUAAGUCAGAUAAUUUGUUAGAAGCAGUUAAAGAAGGUAAAAUUGAAUCAAGGAAAGUUAAAGUGAAAGAUCCUAAUACAGGCAAUGAAAUUAAUAUAAACGAAGCCAUUAGAAAAGGCAUUAUUGACAAAAAUACAGGAGAUUACAAAGACAAAUCCGGACGAAAAAUAAGUUUUGCAGAUGCUGCUAAAUUUGGUGUUGUUGCAGUACUAGGUGCUCCUCUUGUAGCAGUUAGUAAAGCUGCUAAAAUGAUACAAAAGACUAUGGUACUUGACCCAAAAACAGGUGAGGAAAUUCCAAUUGAAGUUGCUUUUGAAAGAGGAUUAGUUGAUAAAGAUACCUUGGAAAAAUACGAGCAGGCAAUGGAUGUGGAUGAUGAAAGUCAACUUAAUUCACCAGUACCAGUAAAACCUGAAUCAAUGUCAGAUUUAUUUGUGAAAAUGGAAAAACAAACUGAUAAAGUUAUGGGUGUAACACCAGAGCAGCAACCAAAAUUCAAAACUUUAGACGCUUCAUUUAUAUCCUUGGAAGAUGACACAAGACCAUCAGAGGGUGAACUCACAAGAGCCAGAGUCACAACAGAACCUAAAUAUAAAGUGUCAAUAGGCCGUGCACGAUCUUUGUCUCAAAGCCCUGACAGGGAAGCUAAACCAGUUGUUCUGCAGAAAAUGAGGAAGAAAGUAGUAAAACCAAAGGAUGCAGUCGAUGUUGGAAUAAUUGAUAAGGAAACUGCUGAAAUUUUAGAAAAACCUGAAAGUUAUCAGACAAAAAGUGGGGAGAAAUUAAGUCUUUCAGAAGCCAUUAAUUUAAAGACAUUGGAUGGGAAUACUGGAGCCAUCAGAGACCCUCAAAGUGGUGAAUUAUUGACUAUAAAAGAAGCACUAGAGAGAGGUAUUCUAGAUUCUGCAGGUUCAUCGGGAAAACUUCUAAUUCCCAUUGCAAGAAGUCUCUCAGUCCCAGCAGCUUUAGACCAAGGACUGUAUGAGAAUGGUAAGAUUGUCCAUCCAGAAACUGGUGCUCACUUAUCCCUAAAAGAAGCAAUCAUGUGUGAAAUUGUAAACCCUACAUCAAAAUUGACAGAUCCGAACACUGGAAGGAAAGUAACUUUGGAACAAGCUAUUGCCAAGGGAAGUGUAGAUGAAGACAGAUCAAAAGUAAAAACAAGAAGAGGAUCACUUGAUUUAUUGACAGCUGUCGAAGGUGGAGUAUUUGAUAAAAAUGAUGAUAGGAAAGGACUUGAUCAGUUACCCCCUGCAGGUAUGACAUUCCCAGUUGCUUUAAAAAGAGGACUAAUAGACCCUGAGUCACAGGAAGUAGUUCACCCUGUAACUGGUGAAAGGAAACCAGUACAAGUAGCAAUCCAAGAAAAUUUCAUUAUGGCACUGCCAUGUCCAAUCUCACCUGAUUCUAUGGAAGUAACUGAAGCCUUAAAUUCAAAACUGAUUGACAGUGAGAAAGGAAUUUUUAUUCAUCCAAAGACUGGUGAAGAAAUACCAAUAUCAGAUGCUGUUGAAAUGGGUCUUUUGGUCCUGAAACCUCCUACAGAGGAUUUUGGAGGAUCUAUUACAUCAGUUACAGAAACUGUUAAAAGUUACCAAACUAUUACGACAAAAACUAUAGCAUUAAAACCGGGACAUGUUUUAAUUGGGCCAGAUGAAGUCAAAAACAUAAAUACUGGAGAAGUAUUAUCUCUAGCUGAAGCAAGAAGAAAAGAUAUUGUUAGAGAUGAAUCUGAAUCUAAUGAAAAAAUUACUACAGCUGAUCCAAAAAUAAGUGUCAUUCAUACUGAAAAAGAUAGUUUAGUCAACGUAAAGCAAGAAGCCUGUGAAGACCCUGAUUUUAGGCAAAUUAUACCUCUAAAAGGAAUUAAACAGUCUAGUAUUUUAGAUCCAAGUGAUUCUGAAAAUUAUGCUGAAAUGCACAAACAUCAAGUAGCUUUGGAAGAGGCCUUCAGUGAAAUUUAUGAUGAAAAGUCAAAGCAAUUCAAGAAUCCAAAUUCACCCAAUAAACUUUUGACAUUUAAAGAAGCCUUAGAUGCAAAAAUAAUUGAUCCAGACUUAAUUAUUGUUGAUGUAAAUACAGGAGAACCUAUAACUACGAGAGAAGCUGUAGAGCGAGGAAUUAUUGACUCUAAAACUGGUUCUUUUAAGGACAAAAAGUCUGGUGGAAGUGUUAACGUCAAAGAGGCUGCCAAAAUGGGCUUGUUGGCAAUUGUGGGAGCUCCGAUUCUUGCAGGAAAAGCUGUAGUAGAUGCUGUAAAUAGUUUAAAGAAAAGUAAGUCACCUGAAAGGAAAACAUCUAUAGACAUUCCAGCUACUGAAGUAACAAUCAGAGCAGCAAAAGUACCUUCUCCACUUAAAGAAAUGCCUUCAAAACCUAUACCUUUAAAAGAUGCUAUUCAUUGUGGUAAAAUACAACCUGAUCAAACUUUUGUUACUGUAAAUAUAGCUGGAGAGCCAAAACGCAUUUUACUCAAGGAUGCCAUGGAUAGAAAUCUAAUAGCAUUAAACAACCCAAUUGAAGUUUUAGGGAGCACUGAAAUAUCUGUUGUAAAUGAGAAAACAAAAUACAAAGUUAAUGUUACUAAACAUCUCAGUCCUAAAGAGCUAGCUCUGAGAGGUGCUUAUGACUUAAAGAAUGAAGAAUUCAUAGACCCAAAAACAGGAGAAGCUGUUGAUUUUGGUGAGUUAGUCAGUGACACAAGUGUAUUUGAUCCAGAGUCCAUUACAAUUAAAAAUUUGCAAUCAGGAGAGAAAAUUCCACUUAAAUUGGCUUUGUCAAUGCAAAUAAUUGAUCCUGAGACUGGUAGCAUGGUGGACCCUUCCACUGGCAAAGUAGUUCCUUUCUUUGAGGCUCUCAAACUUGGAUGGAUUGUUCAAAGUGGUGUAACAACAAAGAAAUCUGCCAAGAAACUUGAACCAGGUAUUUCUCUUACUGAUGCAGUCCAAAGUGGUAUUUUCAACCCAUUAACAGGAGAAAUCAAAGAUCCCAAAACAAAUGAAGUUCUUAGCUUAGCUGAAGCUAUUGUAGAGGGCAUUGUUGAUUCAGAUUUAGUCAUGAUUCGAAAUCCUGCUAAUAAUGAUCUUUUGCCACUUGCUGAAGCUGUUGAGUGUGGAAUAAUUGAUCUUAAUCGAGGAGUUGUCAUCAACCCUGAGACUAAAAAAGAAACAAGUCUGCAGACUGCUUUCAGUGAAGGUUUUGUAUUGUCUGGGUUUAGAAAACCAAUUUCCUUGGAGCCAGUUGUGAAAAAAGGUUGGUUUACACCAAGUGGUAAAAUAUUGGAUCCUUUAACAAAACGUGAAAUAGACAUUUCUGAAUCAAUAAAAAGAGGUAUUGUGGAUCCAUUCAUUACUGAAUGUAAGGAUACAAAAUCAAACAGUUUUAUGACAUUAGAUGAUGCUCUUUCUAAACAGCUUGUCAAUCCAGAGAAAGGAAAUUUAAAGGACACUGUUACAGGAUCUCUUGUACCCUUAGAUUCUGCAGUUGAACAAGGACUGGUACGUACAAAUAAUAUAUCACUUCCUCUCAUAGAUGCAAUUGUGCAGGAGUAUUAUUCACCUAAAAAUGGAAAGUUCCUGAAUCCUGGUAUUGGGGAAGAGCAAUCUUUGAGAGAAGCAAAAAAUUGCAAAUUUGUGGAUUUAACAUCUGUUUUGAUUAAAGAUGCUCAUAAUGAUAAAGUUGUUACUGUUUCUGAAGCUGAACGUACAGAGUUAUUAGAUAUUGAUAAGGGUGUCUUGAAAUAUCCAGUACAAAUGACGUUGGAUAUUGCAUACCAAAAAGGAUAUAUCCUAACAACUCAAAAACCAUUGUCAUUACAAGAAGCCCUUGCCCAAGGCUGUUAUGACCCAAAAACAGGUUUGAUGGUAAUGAGAGAUGAAGACAAAUUAACUCUUGAUGAAGCAAUGAACGUUGGAGAGGUAAAUAGAAAUGCAUUAACAGUCAAAGACCCGAGAUCUGGUGAUAUAAUUACAUUAUCUGAUGCGAUAAAAAUUGGUGUAGUUGAUCCUAAAGCUGGAACAGCUACAGAUCCAACUAAUGGCGCUGAAAUGCAUUUCUAUGAUGCCUUAGAUAGAGGCUUGAUUGUGCCAGCAAAACGAAAAUUUUCUCUUCCAGAAGCUGUAUUUAAAGGAUUUUACGAUCCGGUAUCUGGGAAGUUUACAAGUCCAGAAACUAAAGAAAAACUCCAAACAGAUCGAGCAAUCAGGAGAGGUAUUAUAGAUCCUGUCUCCACAAUGGUAAAAAUUGAUGGGAAGGUUAUGACUUUUGAACAUGCUGUUGAAGAUGGUAUUGUUGAUGCUAAAGCUGGCACCAUUAAAUUUGAAAAUCAAAAAUUAGAUUUUCAAGAAGCUUUUGAACAAGGAUUGCUCAUUGAAGUUCGUCGACCGAUGUCAUUAAAUGAAGCAAUAUUGAAAGGAAUUUACGAUGAGAGAAGUGGUCUAUUUGUAGACCCAGGAACAGGUGAUAAGUUAACUUUACAGCAGGCUAUUCAGUCUUGUUUGAUCGAUCCUGACUCUGUACAUGUAAAGGACACUCGCAGUGGUUUCUUAAAGAAACUCAACUUAUCCGAAGCAAUUAAACAUGGAUUCAUUGAUGGAACAACUGGUAAAGUGAAAGACUUUAUCAAAGGAGAAGCAGAAAUUUCAGUCAUUGAUGCAUUUGAAUCUGGUUUAAUUGUGGACAGUAAAGCAGCAGUAUCUAUUCAGAGAGCAAUUCACCAAGGUUUAUAUGAUGAUCAAUCCGGAAAGUUUACAGAUCCAAAUACAGGUAGAAAAAUAACUCUUCACGAAGCAAUCAGGAGAUUUAUCAUUAAUCCUCUCCUACCUUGUUAUUGGGACAGAAAGUCAGAGAGGUUGCUUUCAUUGGUGGAAACUUGUCGAGAUGGCAUCAUUGAUAGAAGAACUGGAAUGUUUAAGGAGCCUGGAGCGAACUGUACUGUGUCACUUUCUGAAGCAAUGGAACUGGGGUUAAUUGUAGAUAUUGAAAGUGCAGGCUUUGGGCUAUAUGAAGCAAUUGUAAUGGGUCUCUAUGAAGAGGGUAAAUUUGUCCACCCUUGUACGGGUAGGAAACUCACAUUGUGUGAUGCUGUGAAGGAAGAGUUGGUCAACCCUGUUAAGUCCAUAGUCAAAAACUCAAAGACUGGACGAUAUCUAAAACUUCCUGAAGCUGUUGAGGCAACAUUAAUAGAUGAUGUUGUUGGAGCCUAUCAGGUUCCUGACACUAAGAAGAUACUAACUCUUCAAGAAGCCAAAAACAGAGGACUGAUUGUUACAGCUAAAAGACCUCUAAGUAUAGAGGAAGCAAUCAAAUGUGGACUUUUUAGAACUGAUAGUGGGAAGUUUGCUGAUCCUGAGAGUGGAGAAUUCCAUGAUUUGCUUCAAGCAAUUAUUAAAGGUUUGAUAAAUGCGGAAACAACAGCUAUCAAAGACCCAGUUACAGGACAACUGAAAAGUAUAAACUCGUCUAUAGAAGAUGGAACUAUUGACAUCUCCAAAGGUAGAGUUCUAGAUCCCAAAACUAAACGUUCUUAUUCAAUUGACACAGCAUUGCAGAAGGGAAUACUUGUAACAGUUGAGAAACCAUUAACAUUCCAACAAGCAGUUAGAAGAGGUUCAAUUGAUUUCUUGAAGGAAACUAUUAAAGAUCCAAGAACGAUGCGUGAAUGCACCUUAGAAGAAGCAAUCAAGUAUGAGCUUAUCGACCCAGACUCUGCUGUUGUAAAAAAUCCAAAAACUGGACAUUUCUUGACAUUAAAUAAGGCAAUUACUGAUGGAAUCAUCGAUAUGAACAGACGAGCUGCUCUUGAUUCUCAAACAGGAAAGGUGAAGAGCUUAUGUAUUACGUUUGAACAAGGAACAGUCGUCUUCCUAAGAGAACCGUUGUCUUUUGACAUCGCUGUAGAACAAGGGCAUCUAGAUACAACUACUGGUAAAUUCACUGAUCCACAAUCUAAAGAAAUUCUCACACUGAAGGAAGCAAUCACAUUAGGACUAAUUGAUCCAGAUUCUGUCCUAGUCAAAGAUAUGGCAAAGAAAAAACUACUAAAACUUCCAGAGGCUUUCAGGAAAGGAGUUAUGGAUUCUGACAAAGGUAACGUCCUCGACACUGCUACUUCUAAGUUACACUCUCUGCCAAAUGCGAUUGAAAGUGGUUUAGUAACAACUCAUGGGCUCUCUCUGAUAGAAGGGCUAGAUUUUGGUCUUUACAACCCUACAACAGGCAGCUUCACUGAUCCAUUUUGUACGAGUGGGGGGGUUAUGGAGCGAAGGCGACUUAACCUCACAGAAGCUAUAAAGGCUGGCCUAAUAGACCCCUCUACCAGCGUUAUUAAGGAUCCGGCAACAGGCAACAUCGCCACAGUACAAGAUGCCAUCUCAAGCGAAGCCAUAGAUCCUACUGCUGGACGCAUGCUGGAGACUACCUCAGGAAAGGCCAUUGACCUCCUGAAAGCAAAGGAGAGGGGUUAUAUCAUUCCAGCUGAGGCCCGGCAAGCAAUGGAGGAGAAGUACCGAUUGUGUGAUGAUACACUAUCGCAGCUACUGGCUUGGGUUGCGGAGGUGGAGGAUCGUCUGGCGAGCCAGGAUGUCGCACAAGAGGACAUUGACCAGCUGCGCAACCAGAUCAACAUACUCAAGCUGGUGAAGGAGGAGCUGGAGUCGCAGGUACGGCCGGUGGCCAACUGUUUGGACCAAGUCCGUGUGGUGGUGACGACCGGUGGUGAGUACCUGUCACGUGAUGAGGUGCUCAGUCUGGAGAAGAAUGGGAAGGCACUGCGCUUACGCUAUGAUCGAGCCAAUGACCGCACCGACAAGCUGAUGCGUCGACUCACCGCUGCCAAAGACGAGCUCAAUAAGUUCAAGUCUGAGCUAACCACCUUCACGGCAUGGCUGGACAAGGCUCGCCACUCUCUGGAGGACAGAGAACGCUCGUUUACUCAGCUCAACAAGAUGGAUGUGUCCAGCGAGUCUACAAGGGAGUUUGUGUCAGAUGUCAUUGCGCACCAGGCUGACCUACGUUUCAUCACCAUGGCGGCACAGAAGUUUUUUGAUGAAUCCAAGGAAUACCUGACAUGCCUGAACGAGUUCCGUACCUCACUGCCAGCACGGCUACCACACGUCGAGCCUGUGUCUCCACAGGACUCUGCUGUACGGAACACAGUGCAGGUGAUAACACAGCAGUACCGAGAUCUGCUCGGUCGAGCCAAUGCGCUCAGCGACCGGUUGAGUGGUGUGGGAGGGCGCCAGCGUGAGUACCGUGACGCUCUGGACAAGGCAAGAGCCUGGCUGCGUGACGCCGAGCCCCGGGCCAACAAGGUGCUGUCGGAGCCAGUGGCUGCAGACCCUCAGACGCUGGAGGACCAGCUAAGCAGAGCCAAGACUCUCAACAACGAGUUUGUCGCUCAGGGUAGGCUCAUUGACAAUGCCAAACAGGCCGUGGAGUCACUGGUACGCUCAGUGGAGGGCCAGGUAUCACCCGGAGAGUUGGCUUCACUACAGGAACCUGUAAGAGAAUUGGAGGCCAAGUACCGACAGCUCAGUGACAGCCUUGCAGAGAAGUGCCAGUUGCUGGAGACAGCUCUGGUGCAGAGUCAGGGAGUCCAGGACGCCUUGGACGGCCUCCUUGCUUGGCUGAACUCUGCGGAGAAUACACUCAAGGAUAUGACUCGGCCAGUGAGUCUACAGAAGGAACGUUUGGAGGACAGGUUGAGAGAGCACAGAGUGCUACAGUCGGACAUAGACAGUCACCAGCCAAGCGUGGAAAGCGUGAGUCGAACUGCUCAGGAUCUUAUUAACACUGCUAGCAACCCCAGGCUCGCAAAGAAGAUUGAGACCAAGACCAGAGAUGUUGUGACAAGAUACGAGAAGCUCCAGGACAAGUGUCACCGCCUGGGAGAGAGCUUGUCAGAGGUGCAUCAUGCACUCUGUUCAUUCAGUGGAGAGGCUGCUGAGCUGGAGCGGUGGUUGGGCGAGGCUAGUGAGGCCCUGAGUGAGGCUACCACAGUUGCACGUGUCGACGAACUGUGUAAACAGCGUGACUCGCGUAAGGACCGACUCGAAACGACACUACGUGAUGGACGGACACUCAUCAGUAAGAAGGACGUAACAGACACUGGCAAUGUCCGGGAUAGAGUGAAGGGUUUGGAGACACAAUGGAGGGAGCUGAACCUGCUGUUGGAGGACCGACAACGCUUGGGAAAGGCUCGCACAGAACAGCUGAUGGCCUAUGAGAAGCUGAGAGACCAGGUUUUGGCUUGGCUACAGAACAUCGAGACCCGGGUGUCACGGUUGGAACCAGUAUCUGUGGAGAUGGACACUAUCAAGAAGCAGAUUGACGAGCUCAAGCCCAUUGUGAAGGAACACAGAGACUAUGGAAUGACUAUAGACAAGGUGAUGGACCUGGGAAAUGCAUACGAUGCACUGGUUCGGCCUGAGUCGCCCACACGGCGCAGGAGUUCGGUUAGUCCAGUGAAACGAACCUCUGUUACAGCCAGUCCUUUGAGGAGGACAUCUCAGGAUGGCUCCCCGUCCCCCACCAAAGUGUCAGCAUUCGGCCUCCAGUCUCCUGUUUCUCCUGGAGGCUCAAGUGGCUUCGGCAGUCGCAGAUCCUCCCAGGACGGAUUCCAUCUUGACGAGGCGACAGGAGUGCAGCAAGAGCUGACAGAAAUCAACAACCGUUACACACUAGUGGGCACAAGACUUGCUGAUCGACAGACUGAAUUGGAGACUGUCAGAGAGGAGCUAAGAAGACACCUGGAGCACCUCCGUACACUGGGACAGUUCCUGGACAAGGUGCAGAGGAGUCUGCCCAAGGAGAGUGUACCUAACAGCAAGGAAGAUGCUGACAAAACUGGCAAAUUAAUCAAGAGUAUUCUGGAGGAUAUGUACGAGAAGCAGUCACUCCUGGACAGCACAAAGAGUGGAGUCGGUGACUUGUUGAGGCGCAAGCCCUCUGCUGCUGGUGCAGACAAUCUCCAUGAUGAGUUGACUGACAUCACGUCACGGUGGAAGAGUCUCAAUGACAUCUGCAAGAACAGGAUCCAACUGAUGGAGGACGUUAAGGACUUCCAUGACACUCAUGACAGUCUGUCCAACUGGCUGGCUGCCAAGGAGCGGAUGAUGACCGUGCUGGGACCAAUCUCCAGUGACUCCCGCAUGGUGCAGAGUCAAGUUCAGCAAGUGCAGGUGAUGCGAGAGGAGUUCCGUACACAGCAGCCACAACUGACACAUCUAACCACAGUGGGAGAGAGUGUGUUGGUACGCGUGUCGAGUCCAGAUGUCAAGGGCAAGCUGUCACGUGUAACAGCACAGUGGGCAGACUUGCUGGGGCGGCUAGAUGAACGUUUGACAAGCCUGGGUGCAGCGGCCGACACCAGCCGAGAGUUUGAUGCAGGACUGGCACGUCUACGUGACACACUGCAGGGCAUCUCGGACCAGUUGGAUGACAUCCCAUUGGACAGAGAGCCGGAGGAACAACUACGCAAAGUCCAGAUGCUGGAACGCCAACUGGAGGGAGUGAGGCCAUUGUUGGCUGAUGCAGAGAGUGCUGGAGCCCAACUGUGUGAUGUGCUGUCCGACCCUGCUUCACGUGCAGAGAUACAAGCCAAGUUGGCUGCGGUCAACCGCCAGUACAACACAUUACAGAAGAAACUGGACCUGCGUAAGGCUGAAAUCGAGGGAUCACUAAGAGACGGAAGGCAGUUUGAGGCAAGCUGUGCCAAGACGCUGGGCUGGCUCUCAGAAGAACUAGGCUCUCUCAGCGAGCGACUGCUUGUAUCAGCUGACCGAGAUAUCCUACAACAGCAAGUUGAACAACAUGAGCCGGUGUACAAGGAAGUCCUCCACAAGGAACAUGAGGUAAUCAUGCUACUCAACAAAGGGCGGGAGUUGCUUGGGCGUAGCAGUGGUGGACAACGCAGUGAUACACGCAACCUGCAGCGUGAUAUAGACAAGAUACACCAGCAGUGGGAGAAGCUGCGGAAGGAUGUGGUAGACCGCCAGACACGACUACAGACCUGCAUGGAACACUGCCGUAAAUACUACCGAGCACUGGAGGCCUUCAUCCCGUGGCUGGCACAGGCAGAGAACCGUGUCGACUCACUGCGGCCUGACAGCUUCAAGCGACGUGAUGUUGAGAAGCAGCUGCGUGAGCUAUCUGCAUUCCGUAAUGAGGUCUGGAAGAAGUCUGGGGAGUUUGAAAAUCUGCGUACGUUGGGAGAAGCGUUCCUUGGAGCGUGUGAUGUUGACAAGGAGAUCGUCAAACAGGAGCUGGCUGCCGUUAAGGCACGUUGGGACAAGCUCAAUAAUGAACUGCUGGAACGUACUCAGUGGCUCGAGGAGACUUCUCGUCGUCUGCUGGACUUGUCAGAGCAGCUCAGAGACUUGGCACACUCAGUACAACGGUGUGAGGAUAAGCUGGCCUCCCAUGAUGCUCUGGGAGGAGCGGCUCGUGAUCCCAAGAUGCUGGACAGACUCAAGGGUCUAAGAGAGGAGACAAUAGGUCUGCGGAAGCCUCUGGGAACAGUACGACAGACCGCCAAUGAUCUUGCAGGAGAAGCAGCAGAGGCGGGAGUGUCUGGUGGGGCCCAACUUCAGGAUGAGGUAGAGGGCCUGGCAGAGAGGUUAGAUGAACUGCAAGCCCGCCUGGACGAUAGAUGCUCACAGUUACAGUCGGCCGCCACAGCACUCACACAGUUCAACGACCAGGUUAAGGCGCUCAGCCUGGACCUGACAAGUCUGGAGGAGGAACUUGAUACCAUGAAGCCACCUGCAAGAGAUAUCAAGACUGUCCGAGUACAGAUCGAUGAUGUCAACAAACUUGUGAACAAGAUCGCACAUGUCAGUGAUGAGGUGGCCAACGCAGUGUCAGCGGGUGAGCGGUUAGUAGACAGUGGACUGGCUCCAGAUGCGCAGGCCACACGCGAACAGACUGACAGCCUUGGCAGACAGUUGCAGCGGCUGGAUGAGCGAGCACGUACACGCGAGACUGAACUUGACACUGUCCUCAACAGACUACACCAGUUCCAGCAGCGCCAAGCUGAUGUGCUGGAAGAUAUACAGCAGGCCAGUGAGGAGGUGAGACGUCUCAAGUCUGUUGGCUCAGAGGUGGAUGUAAUCAAGACACAGCAGGAAGAGUUUGCGUCGUUCCGGCGCCAGGUGGUGGAGCCAAUCGCCAAGGCAGUGGAUGAAGUCAACCGUCUAGGCUCAGGGCUGAUACAAUCGGCAGCAGGAGGCGUCAACACCUCCGCACUGGAGAAGGACCUUGAGAAAGUCAACGACAAAUGGAAUACCCUCAAGGAUAAGCUGAAUGAGAGAGACCGCAAGCUGGAUGUAGGACUUCUACAAUCUGGCAAGUUCCAGGAGGCACUGGAUGGCCUGGCCAAGUGGCUCACGGACACUGAGGAGAUGGUGGCCAACCAGAAGCCCCCAUCAGCUGACUACAAGGUUGUCAAAGCGCAGUUGCAAGAACAGAAGUUCCUCAAGAAGAUGCUGUUGGACCGGCAAAACUCGAUGUCGUCGUUGUUUGCGAUGGGCAGUGAGGUUGCAGCCGGAGCUGACCCGACUGAGCGAAAGGCGAUUGAGCGCCAACUCAAGGACUUGAUGACUCGGUUUGACAACUUAACCGAGGGCGCUGAGCAGCGGUUCGAGGCUCUGUCACAGGCCAUGACCGUCGCAAAACAGUUCCAGGACAAACUGGUUCCAGUGGUAGAGUGGCUGGAAAAGACAGAAAAGAAGGUGAAGGACAUGGAACUGGUGCCUACUGAUGAAGAAAAGAUUCAGCAGAGGAUACGAGAACACGAUACUCUACAUAAGGAUAUCCUACGCAAGAAGCCUGAAUUGACAGAUCUGACUGAGGUGGCCUCCACACUAAUGGCACUGGUGGGCGAGGAUGAGGCCACUGGUGUGGCGGACCGUGUACAGGAUACUGCUGAACGCUAUGCAGCACUGGUGGAACAGAGCGAUGCACUGGCCCAGCUGCUGCAGGCAUCACGCGCUGGCCUGCGGCACCUGGUCCUGACCUACCAGCACUUGCAGGCGUGGAUGGAGUCCAUGGACCAGCGUCUCGCCAAGUAUCGAGUAUUGGCAGUGCACACGGACAAACUGUUGCAGCAAAUGGAGGAUCUGGCGGACCUGACCGAGGAAGUAGCCAACCACCAGGGAGAUGUAGACAGCACUGUGGACUCUGGCCUAGAGCUGAUGAAACACAUUUCCAGCGAUGAGGCCAUCCAACUCAAGGACAAGCUGGACUCCCUGCAGAGGCGUUACAAUGAUCUCACCUCCCGUGGCUCUGACCUGCUCAAACAUGCUCAGGAGGCACUGCCACUUGUCCAGCAGUUCCACAACUCUCACAACCGCCUGGUAGACUGGAUGUUGGGAGCAGAGACACAGCUUCAAUGUGCAGAACCCAGAGAGGAUGACAUACAGCGACUUGAGCAGGACAUACAAGAGUUCCGGCCAGUCUUGGAGAGCAUCAACCUGAUUGGUCCACAGUUGUGCCAGAUAUCUCCUGGAGAAGGGGCCUCCACUAUAGAGGGCCUGGUGACCAGGGACAACCGGAGGUUUGACGCCAUUGCAGAACAGAUACAACGAAAGGCUGAACGCAUACAUCUGUCCAAACAAAGAUCACUGGAAGUAAUUGGGGACAUAGACGAGUUGCUGGAUUGGUUCCGUGAGGUAGAGGCACAGCUGCGUGAAGCUGAACCUCCCAGUGCAGAGCCAGAUGUUAUCCGCGUGCAGCUCAAGGAACACAAGGCACUCAAUGAUGACAUUGGCGGCCAGAAGUCCCGAGUGCGCGAUGUCAUCUCUACGGCCAAGAAGGUGCUAAGAGAGUCGGCUCAACAUGAGGACACCGGUACCAUCCGGGAAAAAAUGGAAGACCUCAGAGAGAACAUGGAAGCAGUGUCUACACUGAGCAGGGACCGCCUGGAAGUGCUGGAGCAGGCACUGGCCUUGGCAGAACACUUCUUCGAGUCCCACGCUGACCUCAGCACCUGGCUGGAUGAAAUGGAACGACACGUCAGUAUGUUGGCCAUGCCUGCACUGCGGCCUGAUCUCAUUGCUCAACAACAAGAUAAGAAUGAGCUGCUGGUACAAUCCAUCACGGAACACAAGCCACUUGUGGAUAAGCUGACUAAGACUGGGGAGGCUCUGAUUCGUCUAACAAAUGAAGAGGAUGGUGCCAAGGUACAGGAGGUGUUGGACUCAGACAAUGCGCGAUAUGCAGCCCUGCGCUCUGAGCUACGCCAGAGACAACAAGCACUUGAGAAAGCCCUACAGGAGUCUAGUCAGUUCUCGGACAAGCUAGAGGGUAUGCUACGCGCACUGGCCAACACUGCUGACCAGGUGUCAGGUUCAGAGCCGGUGUCUGCACACCCUCCACGUAUACGGGAUCAGAUGGAGGAGAACAAUGCUAUGAUCGAGGACCUGGAUAAACGGGAGGAGGCAUUCCAAGCUGUGCGCCGUGCAGCCAACGAUGUCAUCAACAAAGCGCCUAAUGCUGCUGACCCUGCUGUCAAAGAUAUUAAACGCAAGCUGGAGCGCCUCAACAGUCUGUGGGGAGAGGUGCAGAAGGCAACCCAGGACAGAUCCCGUAGCCUAGAGGAAGCUCUGGCCAUUGCAGAAAGAUUCUGGGAGGAGUUGCAGGGAGUGAUGGCUACCCUGCGGGACUUGCAGGAAUCCCUAGCCACCCAGGAGCCUCCGGCAGUCCGGCCUGAGGAGAUACAGCAACAACAGGAGGUCCUACAGGAGAUUCGGGCUGAGAUAGACCAGACUAAGCCGGAAGUGGAGCAAUGCCGUGCGACCGGUCAGAGCUUGAUGAAGAUCUGUGGAGAACCAGAUAAGCCAGAAGUAAAGAAACAUAUGGAAGAUCUGGACUCAGCAUGGGACAACGUCACAGCACUCUUUGCCAAAAGGGAAGAAAACCUCAUACACGCUAUGGAGAAGGCCAUGGAAUUCCAUGAGACACUUCAGGAUUUGUUGGAGUUCCUGGAGCGUGCUGAGGAUAAGUUUGCAGGCCUGGGACCCCUUGGCUCAGACAUAGAGGCUGUGAAGCGACAGAUUGCUCAACUCAAGUCAUUCAAGGCAGAGGUUGAUCCACACAUGGUUAAAGUGGAGGCCUUGAACAGGCAAGCUCAGGAGCUGACAGAGCGCACAUCGGCAGAGCAGGCGGCUGCGCUGAAAGAACCACUGUCAGCUGUAAACCAACGCUGGGAUGAACUACUGCGCGGUGUUGUGGAGCGUCAGAGACAAUUAGAGAAUGCACUGUUGCGCCUGGGACAGUUCCAGCACGCAUUGGCCGAGCUCAUGACCUGGAUAGACGCCACAGAUCGCACAUUAGAGCGUGACCUCAAGCCUGUCGCAGGUGACCCACAGCUGCUCGAAGUGGAGCUGGCAAAACUCAAAGUGCUGGUGAAUGAUAUUCAGGCACACCAGUCAAGUGUUGACACACUGAAUGAUGCUGGGCGACAGCUGAUUGAAUCCGGGAGGGGUAGUGACGAGGCAUCAAGCACACAGGAACGUCUGGCCACACUGAACAGACGCUGGCGAGAACUAUUGCAGAAGGCAGCUGAUCGUCAGACCGAACUGGAGGAAGCGCUGCGAGAUGCCCACCGCUUCGCUGCCGAAAUACAGGACCUGCUAUCUUGGCUGGGAGAAGUGGAUGGUAUAAUUGCCGCCAGUAAACCAGUUGGAGGGCUGCCAGAGACUGCUAGUGAGCAGCUUGAACGGUUCAUGGAAGUGUACAAUGAACUGGAGGAGAACAGGCCAAAGGUAGAGACAGUGCUGGCCCAAGGUCAGGAGUACCUGAAAAAGUCACCACCUGGGGCUGCUGGUAAUUUGCAGACCAAUCUUCGCACGCUCAAACAGCGCUGGGAUAAUGUCACAGCCCGUGCUAACGACAAGAAGAUCAAACUGGAGAUUGCUCUCAAGGAGGCGACAGAGUUCCACGAUGCUUUACAGGCAUUCGUAGACUGGCUGACCAAUGCUGAGAAGACUUUGUCAGGGCUGAAGCCAGUAUCCAGGGUGUUAGAAACUAUCCUGGGACAAAUAGAAGAUCACAAGUCAUUCCAGAAGGAUGUAGGUGUACACAGGGAGACCAUGCUGCACCUGGACAAGAAGGGAACCCAUCUCAAAUACUUCAGCCAGAAACAAGACGUUAUCCUCAUUAAGAAUCUCCUCAUCAGUGUGCAACAUCGGUGGGAGCGGGUGGUGAGCAAGAGUGCGGAGCGGACCAGAGCACUCGACCAUGGCUACAAGGAAGCCAAGGAGUUCCACGACUCCUGGUCCACGCUAAUGAACUGGCUAAACGAUACAGAGAAGUCACUAGAUGAAUUGGAGGCUGAAGCAUCAAGUAUCGGCAACGAUCCAGAGAGAAUCAAGCAGCGGUUGGCCAAGCACCGGGAGUUCCAGCGCGCACUGAGUGGCAAGCAAGCAUCAUACGAUGCAACUAUGCGUGCGGGCAAGACACUAAAGGAGCGAGCACCCAAAACAGAUGAACCUGCACUGCGCCAGAUGAUGAAUGACCUCAAGGAGAAGUGGAACACCGUCUGCACUAAAUCUGUAGAUAGACAACGUAAACUGGAGGAGGCUCUGCUGUUCUGUGGCCAGUUCAAGGAUGCUCUGGAGGCUCUGGUCGACUGGCUCAAGAAGAAAGAGAAGGAACUGGCAGAGGACUCACCUGUCCACGGAGACCUGGAUACGGUCAUGGCUCUUGUCGAACAACAUAAGGCCUUGGAAGAGGAUCUGUCUGGGCGUGCAGCGCAGAUGGAGUCUGUCCGUAAUACAGGCCAAGGUUUGAUGGAGAAGGCAAACACAGCGGAUGCAGCAACCAUACGCAGCCAGCUGAGUGAGCUGAACGCUCUGUGGUCGCGCACGAACAAGUUAGCCGAGCGCAAGAGUUCGCGCUUGGAGGAAGCACUGCGUUCAGCUGAGAAGCUACACAAGUCGGUCCAUAUGUUGCUGGAGUGGCUCAGUGAUGCUGAAAUGAGGCUGAGAUUUGUCAAUUCUCUGCCUGAGGACGACCAGGAAACCAGGAACUACCUUGCUGAACAUGCCAAAUUCAUGAAGGAAAUGAAUGAAAAGGAACGAGAGAAGGAUGCGACGAUCACAUUAGCACAUCAAGUACUAGCCAAGGCACACCCGGACGGUGCCACUGUCAUCAAACACUGGAUCACAAUCAUCCAAGCACGGUGGGACGAGGUGUCCACAUGGGCCCGACAGCGUGAGCAGAAGCUUCAGGAGCACCUCCAGUCACUCCAGGACCUUGACAGCCUGUUGGAAGAACUCCUGGCAUGGCUGGCCGGCUUGGAGAGUACGUUGACAGCUCUGGAGGCAGAGCCACUGCCUGACGAUAUUCCCACAUUGCAGCAGCUCAUCGCAGACCACAAGGAGUUCAUGGAGAACACAGCACAACGGCAAUCUGAGGUUGACAGUGUGUGCAAGAGCAAGCAGCCACCUGCCCUGACGAAGCAGGAAAGUGCACGCAAGAUGUCAGGCAAGAAGAUGUCAACAGCUUCCCGGGAGGAUAUUCGUGGCAGCUCGCAGGAUCUUCAAGAGGUCGCACGCAGACAAAGCCUGAAGGCGUCACGAGAUAACCUUACCCAGGACCGCCGUGGAAGUCGAGCCAGCGUCGUCAAGGACAGGAUGCCCGACAAUGUGCCACAUAUCGGGCCCCGGUUCCCACCCAAGGGCAGCAAGGGGGCUGAGCCCGUGUUCCGUAACCCACGCUGCCGUUUGCUGUGGGACCGCUGGAGACACGUGUGGCUGAUGGCAUGGGAGCGCCAGCGCAGGCUCCAGGAGCGUCUCCAGUACCUGGAGGAGCUGGAAAAGGUCAAGAACUUCUCGUGGGACCAGUGGCGCAAGAGGUUCCUCAAGUUCAUGAACCACAAGAAAUCUCGCCUGACAGAUCUCUUCCGCAAGAUGGACAAGAACAAUGAUGGUCUCAUUCCAAGAGAGGAUUUCAUAGAUGGCAUCAUCAAAACAAGAUUCGACACAAGCAAGAUGGAGAUGAACGCAGUGGCUGAUAUGUUUGACCACAACAGCGAGGGCUUCAUUGACUGGAAGGAGUUUAUUGCAGCACUAAGGCCCGACUGGGAAGAGAAGAAACCAGUGACAGAGGCAGAGAAAAUCCACGAUGAAGUCAAGCGACUCGUCAUGCUCUGUACUUGCAGACAGAAAUUCAGAGUGUUCCAAGUCGGUGAAGGGAAAUACAGGUUCGGUGAUAGCCAGAAGUUGCGUUUGGUCCGAAUUCUUCGUUCUACUGUGAUGGUGAGGGUCGGAGGCGGAUGGGUGGCCCUUGACGAGUUCCUCAUCAAGAACGACCCGUGUCGAGCUAAGGGUCGCACCAACAUCGAGCUGCGGGAACAGUUCAUCCUGGCCGAGGGCGUCUCUCAGAGCAUGUCUGCCUUCAAGCCCAAGCCGAGCCCUGCAUCACAGCGUUCCGUCUCGAUCAGCUCCGGCUCUGCAGGGCCUAUCACCAAGGUGCGAGAACGCAGUGCGCGCAGUGUGCCCAUGGGUAGAGCCGCUUCUGGUCGUGUUUCUGGCACUCCUGACUCUCUGAGCGACAACGAGAGUUCUCCACUCUACUCCCGUACCCCCAGGAAACCUUCUACCCCUGGCCGACGCCCCAGCCUCACCCCAGGUGGCAGUCUGCCGGGUAGUCGCAACAACAGUAGACCACCGAGCCGCACCGGUAGCAAACCGCCAAGCCGACAUGGCUCCAACCUCUCUCUUGCCAGUUCCGAUGAUGGAACACCUAGUCGUAUCCCGAGGAGGUCAACUGCUUCGCUGUCCGCAAGGUCGAGUGGCACCGCUACUCCACGCAAGCUAACAGUACCGACUGUCAACGGUAGUGCCAGUCGUACUAGGUCUCCCUCCGGUCUCACCACCUCUUCCACAUCCACUUCUUCGGUUAAGUCAUCGAUACCUCGAGCCUCUAGUAUUCCCACCAUCGCCAGUAACUCUACUCCCUCCAGCAGCCGAUCUCGGAUCCCUGUAUACGUUGGGUUGGCAAUGCUCGAUGCUACCAACACGACUCUGUCGUCCUCUUCCUCAUCAGGCUGGACAUCAGGGAUACCAACUCCUUCAUCAAAUAUCCCUCGGUUGAUAAGAACGCGAACUCCAUCUGGGUCAACUACUCCUGUUCCCGGUGGUCUGUCAUCAACGAAGGUGACACGCAAGCCGUCAGGAGCAUCGGACACGUCAACUGGCACACGUCGUGCAUCGUCUAAAUCUACUACACCCACAGACCCUCGUGCACCAUUCCGCCUCUAGGCUCUCGCUGACCCCUACGAAUCUCCGCUCUACUUAAUAGAUUUAUACUAGAUUUAUUUUCGGGUUAAAUCAGCAGAGUUUAUACGACUCAGAAUUUAAAAGACAUAGUUUAACUUGUUUAUUAAUAUUUAUAUUCUAUGUUAAAGAAUAACCCGUAACUCGAGCUGAGUUGUAAUCCUAUAGAUUAACAACUAAAACUAUUUUGAUAUGUUUCCAACAUAGAUUAUACUCUAAUUCGAAUUUACUAAAAGUAUUUUUUUGCAAAACUAAUGUAUAUAAGUUUAUUAAGAAUAAAUAAGUGCCAUUGCUCAUUCGUGUAUUGCAACAUUUUUACUGGAAUCAAAUUUAAUAUUAUAUGUAUUAAAAUCAAAUGUUAUUUAACAUUGUAGCUGUUAAUUUAUUAUUAAACUUUUUGUAUUGAGUAGUUAUUUUCUAAGAGUUGGGUUAGUUACUUUUUUAAUGUUACAUCUACCCUAAGAAAAAAGUGAUAAUUUAAUUUUUAUGUAUAUGUGGUUUCUAUGAAAAGAAUUUGUUAAGUAUUGAAGUGAUGUAAAUAUUCAAAGUCCUAAUAUAUAAACUCCUAGAGUAUAUUUUGUACAUUUGAGGCACGCUGUGCAAUGUGAAUGAAGUGCAAUUUUGACAGUGAAGCACAUAACUUGUAACUAUAUUUUUGUUCUAAUUUUUGUUGUUUAUACAAUAGCUUUCUUGUACAAAAACACUGUCCAGAGUUUUGUGUUGUCAUAUGAGUUUUUAAUGUUAAUAAUAAAUAGUUCAAACAUUAUGUUAUUAAUUUAAUACGAGUUUAAUAAUUAUUGCUUAGUAAAUAACAAUUCACCAAGUA